AUGAAGUGUUUAAUAAUUCUUGCUUUUUGUGCAGGCGUUACAUUCAAAUUUACACAGGCUGAUUUACAUUCAGAACUGCAAGUUAUGAAAACUCGCCAGACAGAAUGCGAAAAUUCACUGGGAGAGCCAAAAAAUUUCAUGGAAAAACUAGUCGCAAAAGAAGAUUUAGGAGAUAUGGAAAAAGCAAAGAAAAUGAAUCUCUGCUUAUUCAUCAAGAUGGGUUUGAUUUCCGAAACAGGUGAAAUAUUACAAGACAAACUAAAAGCACAUCUUAAAAAACUCACCAAUGACGAAAAUAUAAGAAAACGGGGUAUGGAACAAUGCGGAAAGAACAAUGGCAACAAUCCUACGGAAGUUUCCUGGAAUUUUGUUAAUUGUAUGAAAAAUCUCUUUCCAGAGGUAUUUCCUAUUGAUUUCCAAACAAGUCCAAAUAAUGUUGUUCAUGAUAAAUAA